GUACUUGUACGGAGGUCCGUCCUUUCCCUUCUUCUUCUACGCGAUUCAAGAGAAGUGUCUCUAAGAGCCGUUGAGAAAGAAAAUUGGUUCCCAGCUAUUCCUGAGCUAACCGCAUAUGACUGUGUGUAGUGUUGGGAGAACAAGGCCGCGAGUAGUGUUGGAAAUGCGAAUCCCAUCUCCUCGGGCAGGUCAACUUCCAGGCAGGAUGUUGACAAGGGAGCUCCGAGGCUUGGCUUCAGCCCUCCCGAUCAUACUCAUGCUGGCAUUGCUGAGUACCUUGUGUGAAGCGAGCACCACGAUGUGUGGACAGUGUAACUGUGAGAAAAACGACACGCAGAUCAUCAUUACAACCUGUCCUAACAUCCCUACCAUAAAUCUAUGGAGUGAAGGUGUGACUGAUCUAACGAGUAAUGCUUUUGCCCUGGCAACCAUCACAACCUACAUGUAUCUGAUUGGUAACAAACUGAGCCAAUUGCCUGCAAAUCUUUUUGAACACAACAAACAAUUGACAAAUUUGUAUCUGAACAAUAACCAACUGAGCCAGUUGCCUGAAGGUCUUUUUGAAAAGAACACACAGCUGACAUAUUUGCGCCUGGACUUUAAUCAACUGAGCCAAUUGCCUGCAGGUCUUUUUGAAAACAACAAAAAGUUGAACGAAUUGCACCUGUACUGUAAUCAACUGAGCCAAUUGCCUGCAGGUCUUUUUGAAAACAACAGAAAGUUGAACAAAUUGUUUCUGCAAUAUAACCAACUGACCCAGUUGCCUGAAGGUCUUUUUGACAACACAAGUCUGACACAUUUGAAUCUUCAGAAUAACAAUCUGACAAUGCUACCUCCUGGUAUUUUUCAAAGUAACCUAAAUCUCCGCUUUGUGAAUCUUGGUUAUAACAAUCUGGCAACGCUACGGCCUGGCCUUUUUCAAAGUAACCGAAAUCUCUACACUGUGCAUCUUCAGAAUAACAGUCUUACAACGCUGCCUCCUGGUCUUUUUCAAAGUAACCUAAAUCUCAACACCGUGAAUUUGGCAAACAACACACUUGCUACCUUACCAGAGGCUCUUUUUGGGACCGUACCUGAAACUUUAUACAUUGCAAAUAACAGGAUUGUCAGGGAUCCCAGGUUAUGCAGAGCAAAGUAUCCACUCAACUAUGAGACAAAAUUUUCCGACGCCGACCCCGGAGUGAAUGCAUACAUCAAUAAUCUGAGCGAAUCACUUUGUCUAAGUGGCUGUGAAGUCUCACUUGGAUCGAUAACAUUGUGCCCUGAUAAUCACACAUGUGUUGGUUUGACGUUCAACUAUACGUGCGAACAAUGCCAAUGGCAGGAUGUAAAUACCACAGGCUAUGAGUCAAUUGCAGACAAUGGAACUGUGACCUGCUCUCGGGGCUAUGCGGUAGUCCCACGUAAAUUCACUCCUUUCUGCGAAGCGGUAACUAACACUUGGAAACUCACUGACUUUUGUAAAGCGUGCUCCUGGAAGGACAAACAUGCAACGGGCUAUGAGUCUAUUUCAGACACCGGAAAUGUGACUUGCUCCCAGGGCUAUAGACCAGUGCAUGAUGCCAAUACUCCCAAAUGCAACCAGACAACUGGAGCUUGGGAGUUCACUGCCGUUUGCGAAGAUAUAGAUGAAUGCGCUAUAUCAAAUGGUAGUUUUUGCAAUGAACAGGAUACAUGUUACAACACCAAUGGGUCCUUUGUAUGUUGCAACAAAAAUUCUAAUUGGUCAAAUGGCCUUUGUUCACAGAGAUACGAAUGCGCGGGAAAUGAAAGCCUUCUAAUUUUAGAUACAAGCGCACACUUGAAGACGAGCCUGGACAUGGCAAUAACUAGUUGUUCAAAGGCAGGACUGUCACUCCCGAGCCAUCCAGGCUGCAUUUCAUCCGCAGUUAGCUCUGGCAAGAUUAACAAUAGUGUUUGGCUAGUGACACCUGAUUGGUUGGUAAAGUCAAUUCUGAGUGGAGACAAUCUAACAGAAGAUGCAUCACGUGAUCAGUUACACAACAUUGUCUGUGUCGAAUUUGCUGCUUGUUCAUCGGUCACGUGCCAGCAAAAUGCCCUCUGUAAUUCGACAGGACAUUGUGAAUGUAGAAUGCCUUACUAUUACAAUGGUACAAAUUGCUCUCGUACGUAUCUAGGUGAAAGAGACAUGUGCGGACAUGUAUCGCUGAAUAUUCCACCUGGGUACAAUUUUGAACGGGUCAGUCAUUCCUCGGCCGUGAGAAUUUGUAGGGACGCUAACAUGGUGGUUCCUUUUGAAUCUUACUAUACCUGUAUAAGCACCAUGAUCCAGGAGUUUCGUGGUGUUUAUCAUUUGAGGAAUGCAAAUAUUCAUUCGUGGACAAGUGGUCGACCUUCAAUUGGAGAAUCUGGUAGUGCUCGGGUCCUUUGUGUAGCAUAUAAUAAUUGCACAUCACCACCUGUUAUUAAUAAUUCAACUAUUACAUGGAUAAAAAGUCAACCAUCAGGGAGUGAUAUGUUAACAUCAGGUCAUGUAAUGGUCCAAUGCAACACAAAUUUCGUCUUUGGGGGUUCGCUUCCUUUAGUUUGUGAAGGUCUGUCUAGUCAUUGGACUUCCGGAGACCGAUUGAGUAGAUCUACUGGAGCGGGGCUUAAUGAAUGUGUGCCUGCAUGUGUGCUGCCAACCAUCCAGAACUCUGCGAGUGUAGUUGCUAAAUAUUUUCCACAAAAUGGUUUAAUGGCGCAUGCAUUUGAUGUUAUCUGUCGGAUGGGGUACAGCGCAGUACCAUUCACAACUUCGAGCAACUGUACUCGACCUGGAGGAGAAUUCAUAAUGGUCCCUCGAUGCGACAAAUGCCAAUGGAAGGACGUAAAUACCAAAGGCUAUGAGUCAAUUACAGACAAUGGAACUGUGACCUGCUCUCAGGGCUAUGCGGUAGUCCCAAGUAACUUCACUCCUUUCUGCACCGACGUAACUAAUACUUGGAACCUCACUGACUUUUGUGAAGAUAUAGAUGAAUGCGCCAUAUCAAAUGGUAGUUUUUGCAAUGAACAGGAUACAUGUUAUAACACCAUCGGGUCAUUUGUAUGUUGCAACACAAAAUAUUCUAGUUGGUCAAAUGGCCUUUGUUCACAGAGAUACGAUUGCAUGGGAAGUGAAAGCCUUCUAAUUUUAAAUACAAGCGCACACUCGCAGAUGAGCCUGGACAUGGCACUAACUCAUUGUUCAAAGGCAGGACUGUCACUCCCGAGCCAUCCAGGCUGCAUUUCAUCCGCAGUUAGCUCUGGCAAGAUUAACAAGAGGGUUUGGCUAGUGACACCUGCUUGGCUUGUAAAGUCAAUUUUGAGUGAGGACAACAUAACCGAGGAUGCAUCACGUGAUCAGUUACACAACGUGGUCUGUGUCGAAUUUGCUGCUUGUUCAUCGGUCACGUGCCAGCAAAAUGCCCUCUGUAAUUCGACAGGACAAUGUGAAUGUAGAAUGCCUUACUAUCACGAUGGUACAAGUUGCUCUCGCAUGUAUCUAGGUGAAGGAAAUUGCGGACAUGUAUCGCUGAAUAUUCCAUCUGGGUACAAUUUUGAACAGGUCAAUCAUUCCUCAGCCGUGAGAAUUUGUAGGGACGCUAACAUGGUGGUUCCUUUUGAACUUUACUAUAUCUGUACCAGCACCAUGAUCCAGGAGUUUCGUGGUGUUUAUCAUUUGAGGAAUGCAAAUAUUCAUUCGUGGACAAGUGGUCGACCUUCAAUUGGAGAAUCUGGUAGUGCUCGGGUCCUUUGUGUAGCAUCUAAUAAUUGCACAUCACCACCCGUUGUUAAUAAUUCAAUCGUUACAUGGAUAAAAAGUCAACCAUCAGGGAGUGAUAUGUUAACAUCAGGUCAUGUAAUGGUCCAAUGCAACAAAAAUUACGUCUUUGGGAGUUCGCUUCCUUUAGUUUGUGCAGGUCUGUCUGGUCAAUGGACUUCCGGAGACCGAUUGAGUAGAUAUUCUGGAGCGGGGAUUGAUGAAUGUGUGCCUACAUGUGUGCUGCCAACCAUCAAUAACUCUGUGAGUGUAGUUGCUAAAUAUGUUCCACAAAAUGGUUUAAUGGCGCAUGCAUUUGAUGUUACCUGUCGGGUGGGAUACAACGCAGUACCAUCCACAGCUUCGAGUAAAUGUACUCGACCUGGAGGAGAAUUCAUAAUCGUCCCUGAAUGUGAAAAAUGCCAAUGGCAGGACGUAAAUACCACAGGCUAUGAGUCAAUUACAGACAAUGGAACUGUGACCUGUUCUCGGGGCUAUGUGGUAGUCCCACGUAACUUCACUCCUUUCUGCCCGGAGGUAAACAACACUUGGACCCUCACUGACUUUUGUGAAGUUGUUAAAUGCUUCAACGAUCCAGGCAUACCCGUGAAUGGUACACGGCGCAAUUUCACCUCGGUGUAUCUCAGCGUUGUCAACUAUGAAUGCGCCGAAGGCUAUGCUGCACAAAGUCGCAUAUGUGAGGACAACGGAACCUGGUCUGGCCAACGCCCUGUUUGUAAAGAAACCUUUUGCCCACAUCCGGGCAACUUAAGCAAUGGUAGCAUUUUCCAUCAAGGCUUGCGAUUUGAUACUGUACUGGUAUACCUGUGCAACUAUGGGUACCGUCUCCAGGGCUCGAGAUUCAGUAAUUGUCUUACAAAUCACACCUGGUCAACACCAAUUCCAACAUGUACAGUUGUUUCCUGUCCAGAUCCUGGUAGUCCAGUGAAUGGCAUGCGUACACUGAACAGCCUGCACUACAACAGUGUUGUCGUGUACCAGUGUAAUAUGGGUUACGAUAUGUCAGGAUCAAUGACUAGCCAGUGCUUAGCCAAUAAGGCUUGGUCUGCACCCCUUCCAGUCUGCAACAUUGUUUCCUGUCCAGAUCCUGGUAGUCCAGUGAAUGGUUCGGGUACGCUGAACAGCCAACACUACAACAGUGUUGUCUCGUAUCAGUGUGAUAUUGGUUACGACAUGUCAGGAUCAUUGACUAGGCGGUGUUUAGCCAAUAAAACUUGGUCAGCAACUCUGCCAGUCUGCGAAAUCAUCCAAUGUCCUGUUGCUGGCACUCCUAAGCAUGGUUCACAACAGCCACACACAUCCGUCUAUCAGAGUGUCGUCAGGUAUGCGUGUGAUGAAGGUUACAAUAUGUCUGGAUCUCCUACAAGAACAUGCACUGAGCAUGCCGCAUGGAUACCCGCCAUGCCAAUCUGCACCCUAAUAACAUGUGCAGACCCUGGUGCGCCAGUGAACGGUCGUAAGAUGCUACAAGGGCUCUCGUACAACAACACAGUCACCUUUAGCUGCGACACUGGCUUCAACCUUACUGGUAUGGCAGUCCAGCAUUGCGCUGAGACUGGAAAAUGGUCAGCAACUCAACCAACGUGUGUCGUUUUAACUUGCCCCGACCCAAUAGCGCCAACACAUGGAUCCAGAGUGGUCACUGAUCUUUCCUAUGGUAAAACCGUCAAUUAUUCAUGUGACAUUGGGUAUGAGAUCAAUGGCACGAAGGAUAGUGAAUGCCAUGAGACUGGUCGAUGGUCGACCUCUGCACCAACAUGUGACAUCGUUGAAUGCCGCGAUCCAGGCACUCCAGACCAUGGCUCUAAGGACUCACAUGACUUGACCUAUGAGAGCACUGCAAACUAUAACUGUGAUACCGGGUACUAUCUAAUCGGCUCGCCUUCAAUCAAUUGCACGGAGGAGGGAAAUUGGACUUCAGACCUUCCAAAAUGUGAAGUCAAGCAUUGUUCCGACCCCGGCCCUCCGGAGAAUGGCAUACGUCUUCUGCAAGGCUACUCCUACCUCAGCACUGUUGCAUACAAAUGUGACCUUGGCUACAAUAUUAACGGCUCUGUCUUUAGGGUCUGUUCUGGAGACAAGACAUGGAUUCCUGAUAAGCCCACUUGUGAAAUAAACGAAUGUCAAGAUCCAGGAACACCAGCUAAUGGCACUAGGGAACUGGAUGGUUUGCUUUACGGGGAUGAAGUUCUAUACUCCUGUCGAAAAGGAUUUCGAAUGAAUGGUUCUGAUAUCAGUGUAUGCACGGAGCAUGGAAACUGGUCUGCACCCCUGCCAUUUUGUCAAGUGAUGUCAGCAGAUUCAGGAGAAUCAGGGCCCAGCGGUUCGGCUUUUACAGUGGGUGUGUCAGUUGGCAUAGGUCUUCUGCUUGCUGGUGCUGUUCUUAUACUACUCGUUUUGCAACGCUAUCGGCCUGAAAAGCUGAAGACUGCCAAGAUAAAGCUAGAGACAGCGAAAGGACAAAUGCAAACCGUAAAAGAACAGCUUGUACAAUCAAAGCAGAAUGCAAUGGACCAGUUUUCGAUUUACGCAACUCGUGCUGGCGUCGAUGUUAGCGAACAGAUGCAAAAUCUCACGACAAGAACUGGCGAAAAAGUAAGGCGUCUUUGGGGGGCUUCAUCUGAAUAUGACACUGCUCAGUACAUGAACAAGGAGAAGCAGAAGAUCAGCAUUGAGCUUGUCACUCCAGGUUACUCUGGUCCACCAUCCACUGCAAAGGACAGCAAGGCGCCACAGGAAGCCUACACCAACACCACCAUGCUCGGAGCAGACAGCAGUACUGCCGACAACAUCAAGACCUACAGCAAUGAACCGACGGCGAGUAACCAACCAGAAAAUCCAUAUGUGUCUGGUGCUACAGACCCAAUCAAUGAGGAGACUGUGUUUGAUGCUUAUGAACUAGAUGAAACUGUAGCAUACAGCCUGAAGAAAGCUAGAAGCAACGAGAAGUUGUUUACCUCAGUGGAUGAAAAUAGUCUCAGUGGUGAUGAUUAUGGCAACGAAGAUGGUAUAUACGAGUGCAUGCCAGUAGGUGGACUUAGUGCAUCUGUGAACCAAAACAAAUGUGCCGCAUACAGCCUGAAGAAAGCUAGAAGCAACGAGAAGUUGUUUACCUCAGUGGAUGAAAAUAAUCUCAGUGGUGAUGAUCAUGACAACGAAGAUUGUACAUACGAGUGCAUGCCAGUAGGUGGGCUUAGUGCAUCUGUGAACCAAAACGAAUGUGCCUUUCAACUUUCCGAAGGUGCUAUGCACCACUCCAGCGACGUGGCCGUCAACAUAGCCACUCCUGAUGCGCGCCUGCCAGAAAUUGAAGCCACAUUAUCAGACGAGUCAUUAUACCGUGACGUGGUUGAGGACAGAUUUGAUGUCGAUGGAGUUGGAGAAAUACCGGGCAAAGUACGCGAAACUACAUACAGUGUGUAUGAGACUGGUUCUGAUGACAACACAACUUAUCAGGCCCAGGGCUCUCAAGCCAGCCAUCUAGCCAGCAUAGCGAGUACAAUAAAUCCUACGGCAGCCGGAUUCACGGCGGAUCAAAACAGCAGCAAUUAUGAGGAUGCCACCAGUGCAACAUUGCCUCACUCGAGAAAAUCACAAUUGACAAUCACUUCCAGCGUUGGUUCGCUUUACGGUGAAGUUCUGUGUGAUGAGUUGUCCGAAGUGGCUGAAGCGCCUACGCAACACAGCACACAGCAUGUUGACACUGUAUACAUGCAAGAGGCUGGAGUAGACCAAAUCAACGUUACCAGGCCAAUGAGCCAAGCUGAUAUUGGAAGUGCUUUGAUUGAAGCCGGUCAAAGAAAUCCCAAUGGUCAUUUGCCCGCGAACAGCGAAAUGAUCCCUAAUGAAGAAUCGCUUUACGGCGAAGUGGCCUCGGACAAGCCUGACGAUCAAGUGUACGAAGCGAAUGAUGCGGCCCAGGAAGGGAGUGGAGGCACAGACAUUUUCUACGAAUGAUCGGCAAACAUAUUUACGGCAACUGUGAUUCUGAAAGGGAGCGGGGGCAGAGACAUUGAAUACGAAUUAUUGGAAAAUGUAUCAACAGAAACAUUAAUUCUGGACAAGCUCCAUAUGAAUGGUGUUUGAAACGGCAAGACAUGGAUGUUUUAUGGAUUGUUAUCCGGCAAGCCAACCAAGCGGCCAAUGGAAAGCAACUCGAACUGUUAUUAUUUUCAUUUUCUUUGCUCGCUGCAACUGGACACCUGCACAAUCGACGUUCUGUUCCUUUAGGUACCUACAGCUGCAGGAAUACUAUCUGAAUCACACCUAGCUGAUAUUGUUCCGUCAUGUUUUUCUUCAUCCAUUGUUCAUCCCCCCCCCUCCCCCCCCCCCCCCCACACACACACGCACACACCCCGGUUAUCAUCACUAUGAUGUCCGCUAAACAUCGCUAGUUACUUGGCAAUAAUCUCACGAGUAACAUUGCACAACUCUGAUCAACAGUAGUGAAGUUCUAUAGCUAACUGCCACACAGCUCUAGCGCAUCUUAGAUGCGCACUAUAACAGCAUUUCAACAAUGGAAAGUUCAAUGUCGUUGUAACCUUCCAAGUUGGAAAGCUGUUAGAGUGUGAAUUCAAGACGUUCUAGAGCUAAUUGGCAGGUUGUGGAACGUUAGUACAGUUCAGUGAUGUGCAAUGUUAUUGCAUGACCUGAUUGUCAAGUACCUGGUGGUGCCCGUGGACAUUACUGCGAAGCUUGUUGCUCUUCUUCUAUUUUUCUUCAAAUUUAUCCUCGGCUUUCCACCAAAGUAUGUUAUGCUUAUUAUUAUCACAACGUUUCUAGGUAAAUUCCUGAAAGUGGACUAACUCCACAUCCAUCUAUCUAUCUGUGAUAUCAGAGUCUCUUUCUCUCAGUGGGCUUCAUAAUUGGACCCCUGAUCAGCAAGAUAGACCUACAGGUAAACUUCCCAAAAAAUAUUUUUUGGUGAAAAUUGCUCUUUUGUAUUAUCUUGAUAGCCACGUACACAACGUUUGAGUGAAAAUUACAAAAAAAGUCAGUGUGACU